CCGUGAAGUUUGAGUGGCCGUGCUGCGGUCGGGAGCUCGAUCCAGAUCUUGACCACCAGAGGGGCUGGGCGGCCCGACUUAGGGACGCCCGCGGGCCCGCGGCCACCUUCUCGCGUCCUCUCGCCUGGAAAAUUGUUUAAGCUCUUAAGAUGUCAUCUGUCAAGCACCUAGUUUAUGCAGUUAUUCGUUUCUUACGGGAUCAAAGUCAGAUGGAUUCUUAUAGUUCGGAUGAACAAGAAAGUUUGGAAGUUGCAAUUCAGUGCUUGGAGACAGUAUUUAAAAUCAGCUCAGAAGAUACACACCUAGCAGUUUCACAGCCUUUGACAGAAAUGUUCACCAAUUCUUUCUGUAAGAAUGAUAUUCUACCACUCUCAAACUCAGUGCCUGAUGAUGUGGGGAAAGCUGACCAAUUAAAAGAUGAAGGCAACAACCACAUGAAAGAAGAAAAUUACUCGGCCGCAGUGGAUUGUUACACACAGGCCAUAGAACUGGAUCCCAAUAAUGCGGUUUACUUCUGUAACAGGGCUGCUGCUCAGAGUAAAUUAGGUCACUACACAGAUGCAAUAAAGGACUGUGAAAAAGCAAUAGCGAUUGAUUCAAAAUACAGCAAGGCCUAUGGGCGAAUGGGGUUGGCCCUCACAGCCAUGAAUAAAUUCGAAGAAGCAGUUACAAGUUAUCAGAAAGCAUUAGAUCUUGAUCCUGAAAAUGAUUCCUAUAAAUCGAAUUUGAAAAUAGCAGAACAAAAGUUAAGAGAGGUAUCCAGUCCUACAGGAACUGGAUUAAGCUUUGACAUGGCUAGUUUAAUAAAUAAUCCAGCUUUCAUUAGUAUGGCAGCAAGUUUAAUGCAGAAUCCUCAAGUUCAGCAACUAAUGUCUGGAAUGAUGACAAAUGCCAUUGGGGGGCCUGCGGCUGGAGUCGGGGGUCUAACUGACCUGUCCAGUCUUAUCCAAGCGGGACAGCAGUUUGCUCAGCAGAUACAACAGCAGAAUCCAGAACUUAUUGAGCAACUAAGAAAUCAUAUCCGAAGCAGAACCUUCAGCAGCAGCACUGAAGAACAUUCCUGAUUCGGGUCUGGGCACCCUACACACAAUACAGAUGGUUUAUGGCACUGAAGUAUUUGCUGUAGAUAGUGGCCAAAACAAACAAAAACUAAAGAGAAAAUCUGUUUAGAUAAUAGGUUUAUCACAAACAGACUCAACAUAACAUGAUUCCUUUGUAAAUGACCAGUAGCCUUAUUAAGUGCCCAGAUAGCACCAAACAGGCUUCCAUUUCCAAACUUUGGUCAUCAUAUUUGUACAUUAGACUAAUAGCAGAGUAUAUUUAUUGAAAGGUAAAGUGAGUGUUCUUAGCUCCAGAUUUCCAUAAGCAAACUUCUUUGAAAUGUGGAUAUGGCUAGGAAGAAAGAUACAGGCAUAGGACAAAUUUACUUGCCUUGAGCAGCAAGUUCAGAGAGAAGAAAUGUCAUUUAGGUUUUGGUUAGCUGUGAUAGGAUUAUCAGUCAGGAGUAUCUAUGAGGGGCUAAUACCAUCUUUAGUGAUACUUGUUAUGAUGGUUUUGGGAAUCUCAGAG